UAGGUUAAGUGUAUCACAAAAUGUCAAUGAUGUGUGUAAAUUUUAGUUUUUGUGUUUUGUAUUCCAUAAAAUAAAACAUAAUGAAUAAUUUUGGAAGUCAAAAUAAAAAUCCGUGGAAUAAAAAUCAUCUUAGUAAAGAUUUUCACAAAAACAACCAUACUAAAAAUGCUGUAAAAGGUUCUGAAUCAAAGUUUCAAGAGGCUCAAAAAAAACUGCAAGCAGCUGUUCAAAAAUAUGCUAAAGACGUGGAAUCUUCAGAGGACGAAGAAUUUGAAGAUGAAAAUAUAAUAGAUUCAAUAUUGAAAGAUUAUGUUCAUGAUAAGAAUACAGAUGUUUUAACUAAAACUAAAGGAUCCAUAGUAGAUAGAUUUUCUGCAGGAAAUACAGUCUGUUUAAUAUGCAUAUCAACAGUUAAAAGAGCUGAUUCAAUUUGGAGUUGCUGGGAAUGUUAUGCAUUUUUCCAUUUAACAUGUAUCCAAAGAUGGUCGAAAGAUACCAUUUAUCAGAAGAAGCAAGCAUUAUUAGAUCAAAUACCUGUGAAAUCUGCAAUAGAAAUAUUAUGGAGCUGUCCUAAAUGCAGAACUGAUUAUCAACCUUCUGAUAUUCCUAGUAAAUACAUUUGCUAUUGUGGCAAGACAGAAAAUCCAAAGCCUGAGCAAUUUUUAGCACCCCAUUCGUGUGGUGAAACUUGCAGAAAAGAUUUGAAACCUUUUUGUGGACAUAAAUGUGUUCUGUUAUGUCACCCAGGUCCUUGUCCUCCAUGUCCAAAGACAGUACAAGUUGCUUGCUAUUGUGGAAGACGAGCACCAAGGUCUCAAAGAUGUAGCAAUAAAGAAUGGUCCUGUAAUUUGGCUUGUAACAAGUUACUCAUUUGUGGCAAACAUAAUUGCCCAAAGCAAUGUCAUGCAGGUGAUUGUCCACCCUGUCUAAAGAAAAGUAUUCAGAAAUGUCUUUGUGGCUAUACACAGAAAUUAAGGGACUGUGCUACUCCAUUGUGGCAGUGUGAAAAGGUUUGUAACAAACCCUUGGCCUGUGGUAAUCAUAAUUGUUCAAAGAAGUGUCACAUAUUGGGAGACUGUGAAGAAUGUAUAUUAACAAAACCCAGAACAUGCCCUUGUGGUAAAGCAUCGUUUGUUUUACCAUGUACUGAGGAAACACCAUGUUGUGGGGACACUUGUGGCAAAUUGCUUGAAUGUGGUGUUCACAUUUGCAAUCAGAGAUGUCACAAAGACAAAUGUGGAAUUUGUUUGGAAACCGUUACCAAAUCUUGUCGCUGUGGACAUUAUACACGCGAAGUGCAAUGCAGAAAACAGUUUCUGUGUGAAACCAAAUGUAAAAAAAUUAAAGAUUGCAGGAAACAUCCUUGUAAUCGAAAGUGUUGCGACGGAAAUUGCCCCCCCUGUGAAAAACUGUGUGGCAGAUCGUUAAAUUGCGGAAACCAUAAAUGUACUUCUGUUUGCCAUAAGGGCCCAUGUUAUCCGUGCAAUUUAACAGAAAAAGUUUCGUGUCCUUGUGGAUUUACGUCCGUCGAAGUUCCUUGUGGAAAAAAAGGAAAAACAAGGCUUCCCAGGUGUAAUCAACUUUGCAACAUUCCGCCAGAUUGUCAUCAUGGAAAACGCGAAAAACAUCGUUGCCACCCCGGUAAUUGCCCUCCUUGUCGUCAAAUCUGUAAUAAGAAUCGUCCCAAUUGUCCCCAUCCGUGCCCAGCCCCUUGUCACUCUGCUGUUGUUGUAAAAGUUGAGGGUGAGAAGGGGUCUAUGCCCUGGGAACAAACAGGACCAUACUAUGAAAAGAGAGAACUCCCAUGUCCCGAUUGCAUCGUCCCUGUUCCCGUUACAUGUUUCGGAAAUCACGAAACGUUAAAUUGGCCCUGUCACUUAGCAAAGCCCUCAAGUUGUCACAGACCGUGUGACAGGAGAUUACUUUGUGGAAAUCACACCUGUUCCUUUCAAUGUCAUACAGUUGAAAAUGCCCCUGAUGAAUUACAGUCUGGAUCAAAUUGUGAACAGUGCGAAAAGGGUUGUGACAAACCCAGGCCUGAAGGUUGUAACCACGCCUGUCCUAUGCCGUGCCAUCCAGGACCUUGUCCCCCAUGCAAACAAAUGAUUCGUAUCAAAUGCUAUUGUGGGCUUACGCAACCUUAUGUCUCUUGUAAAGAUUGGAUUGUACCAGAAAAAAAGGAAAAUUUGCAAAGCUGUGGAAAUCAAUGCCCCAAAAACUACAACUGCGGUCACCGAUGUAAAGCGAAUUGUCACCCUGGACCUUGUCCAAAUGCAGAUCUAUGCAAGAAAAAGGUUAAACUGUCGUGCGUCUGUAAACGUAUUAAAAAAGAAUUUUCUUGCGAAACAGUCCGAAAUGGGGGUGCAAAAGUGGACUGCGACGAAACUUGUCGUCAAAAGAUGGAAGAGGAAAAACGCUUCAGAGAUUUCGAAAACGAACUAAUAAAGAGACAUCAAGAACUUAAAAAUCUCAAAGAACUAGAGAAAUAUGAGAAGAAAUUCCAAGGCAGAAAGAAAUUUUCAAAAAGAACUCGCAUCAGUGAAACUGAAGAGCAAAGCGCAUGUGUUAAAUAUCAGGGUUUGGUAGUUGUUUUGUCAACAUUUGUCGCAGUUUUCGCAGCUGUAUUAAUUUACUGGUCAUUAUCUUAACUUGUUCGAGUUUAUCUAUCUAAUAAACUGAUAAAAAGGAA